AUGUCAAGACGCUCGCGCCUUCUCAGAGCUCAGGCCGAUCUCCAGGAGGGUAGCAGGUAUGCAUUGGGUGAUCCUCCAGCAGUGGUUUUGGGCCCUAUCCGCGGUGCUGGAGAAGGUCCCGAUGACGAUGUCUUGCCCUUGGAUUUGGAUGCUACGUGCGGACCUGAAAUUGACCUGAUGGAACGCCGGGACAGGUCCACAAUCGUCUCGCCGCGAAAGCUUAUCGCGGUCGUGAUUGAUUCUAUUGUGCUUGCGGUCGAACAGAUGGCCCAGAUGGCCCAACAGACACGCGCUGUCGUAAGCUGGAUAUGGGGCUCCAGACUUGCGCUCAUCGAGUAA